GUGUUUGUGAUUGGCCAAUGUCACAGCCGUGAUUUGGGGUGCAGAUACCGAUGCGUCGUGCAGACCUAUGGGAGCGCCGGAAAGGCAGAAGGGGGAGGGCAGAGAGUGUGAGGCGGACUCCAUUUGUAAUGAAGCAUCUGAUGAGGGGUUCAGAUCAGGGCUGCCACUAAGUCAGUGAGGGCAAUAAAGAGAGGGGCGAUAUAAACGAGGAGGAAAUUACAUCCGCUUUGAACGGGAUUCAGCGUCCACAGCAGCCGGCUGGAGGCGGGAGGCAGCGGAGCGGACCGAGCCGCGGGUUGCGCGCAGGGAGACGGACAGUGGAGCCAGAAACUAACCCGAUGAUAUUUCAGAGCCGCACAUGGAACAUGGUGGAUUUUUGAGAACCGACACCGCAACAUCUGGACAGUUGGAUUUAAAAAAAAAAAGAUAAUAAUAAUUUAGUGGACAUCAAGGCAGGCUACUAAAACAGGCUGCAGAGCGCGCAGGAGCAGGAUGAGCGUGUUUUCUGCAGGGAGAGCAGAGAAGUGCGUUUGAGUGGGACAUGGCAAACGGAGGGGACCAGUUCGGCCUUGCAGAGCGUCCGGACUCGGACUGCAUGGAUUCCCCAAAAGAGACCAAACAUGAGAAUCACAGCUACACCUUAAACUCACCAGCUUCCCCGCAGACCGCGUCCAGCCAGCAGGUACCGGCCUGUACCGCCGACCACAAUGGGAUGGAGGGAAUCAAAGUUUUCCUUCAUGACAGGGAACUUUGGACGAAGUUUGAUGAAGUGGGAACUGAAAUGAUCAUCACCAAGGCUGGAAGGAGGAUGUUCCCGAGCUACAAGGUGAAGGUCACAGGACUCAACCCAAAAACCAAGUACAUCCUCCUGAUGGACAUCGUCCCGGCGGAUGACCAUCGCUACAAAUUCGCAGAUAACAAAUGGUCGAUAACGGGAAAGGCAGAGCCGGCGAUGCCCGGGAGGCUGUAUGUUCACCCGGACUCUCCCGCCACCGGGGCGCACUGGAGCCGCCAGCUCGUCUCUUUCCAGAAGCUCAAACUCACCAACAACCACCUGGACCCCUUCGGACAUAUAAUACUCAACUCCAUGCACAAGUACCAGCCUCGUCUCCACAUUGUCAAGGCGGACGAGAAUAAUGGUUUCGGCUCAAAAAACACGGCUUUCUGCACCCACGUCUUCUCUGAAACUGCCUUCAUCGCUGUGACGUCCUACCAGAACCACAAGAUUACACAGCUGAAGAUAGAGAACAAUCCUUUUGCAAAGGGCUUCAGAGGCAGCGACGACAAUGAGUUGCAUCGCAUGGCCAAGCUACAAGGUAAGGACUUCCCUGUGGUCCCUCGCAGUACUGUCCGUCAGAGAGCCUGCUCCACUGGUAGUCCGUUCAGUGGGGAGGGUCGGGGUCUGCGGGGCUCCCCUGAAGCCGUCGGGUCCCCCUACAGCUGUGAGAAUGGCUUGAACAGCAGCAGUCCCCAGGAGCUGCUGAGUCCCCCCCCACACUACAUCCUGCCUCAUCCUCACCUGCAGCAUGGCCAGCAGCAGCAGGUGUACCACUGCACCAAGAGGAAAGUUGAGGAGAACUGCUCUUCAGGAAACCGCCAGCAUCCGUACAAGAAACCUUUCACUGGUAGCUCACCAAGUGAGGGCGAGUCUUACUAUCACCCCUCCUCCUACCCUCCUCCUCCACCCGGUCUCUCCAACAACCCUGCCCUGGGUCUCACUGACUCCCCCUACAGCUCAGACAUGGGACAGCGUCAGGCAUGCAUGUUUGCCGGCUCAGAGCCCAGACUGGAUGAACUCAACUGUGCAUCCUGGUCAUACACCUGCCCGCUCCCUUCUGCUAUGACCCCCAUGGAACCCUACCCGCCUUACACCCCUCAUCCUCCCUACAGCUCCAGCCCUCAGGGCUCUCGACUCAGUGCUAUAGCCCACCAGAGCUCUCCGCCGCUGGGAGAACACAUCACCCACGACCCCUACCAGAGCCAGAGCUCUGGACCUCCAUCUCAGAGCUCCCAAAACAUUCACAGCAGGCAGCUCAGCCCUCCUCUCAGAGAGUAUCAUCGCUACACGCCCAACCUGUCUCCUCCUCUCUACCACACACUAGAGACACACACACACAUCAGGUGUGGAGUCCCAGAAUGGAGUGCAGCCUCUUAACUGAACCAGAGUGGACAGAGAUUCCUCGUCUCAAAUUCAAUGACCCUUCUUUCUGCUCUUCUGAAAGAUGCUGCACCGAAUACGGACUAAAUGUGAUAUUACCUUUGUAAAAUACUUGUGAAAAGUGUGAUUUUGUGCUGUGUGAAGAGGUGUCAUUGGUCAGUUAUGUUUCUCCCUCGUGCUGGAUGGAGCAGUGGAUCGUUAAAGACUUGGACAUCCAUGACUCGUCAGAUGUUAAAAAAAAAAAAAAAAAGAGCAGCACAAUCAAAGUUGUACUUUAUUGUCUUUAAAUAACCCAAAGACUGGUGUCACCCAAAUGUUUGCACUGUGAGCCCUGUUAAGGCCAGACCGUGAGCAGCACUAGGCUGUUUUCCUCUCAAUGACUCCCACUCUCUCCAUUGUGAAGGAUGUAAAUUGUAACCCACUGUCAGACAGGCAGUAACAUUUACUGACCAAAAUAAUCUCAGCAGAGCCUGAGGGAGACAUAUUUUUCUUUAGUGGAGCAAAGCACAGCUCCGUGCUCAGUCUCAGUGAAGGAGAAAAGGCAUGAGUUGUCUGUGUGUGCGUGUUUGUAUGUAAAACCCAUGUCAGCUCAGCUCAAGGAUGCUAUGAGUUAAUUUCCAAUGAGACAGGCAGUAGUAGCUCCAGGCGCUGCACCAUAGAGAUAAACAGUUUGUUUAGACCACGCUACAGGCUGAAGGACCUGUAAACAGUUUCCACUGCAUUCUGGGUAAAUGCACUACUCAGCGUCAUGCAGCUGUCACCGCUGUCCUCUUAGUCACCCCCAGCUGACCAAUCAGCGUUCCCCGUUCACAGAGAGCCAGCCAAUGAGCGCACUCCUCUCUUUUAUCCCCAGCUGACCAGUCAGCGCUGGAGUGCCGCAUGUUUUAUGUGUGCGUGUGUUGUCCCAUUUUUGUUUGUUUCUGAAUUAUUCAUGAGUCCAGUGUUGAUCCUUGACAUGCGAGGAUUGCUCAGCAAACACAAAGAAUCAGUGCUGUAAAUGUGACAAUGUUUGACCAAUUUGUUCAAAUAUUCUUUUUUAGUCUCUCUGUUUUGAAUCUGAAUGCUCCCUGUCACCUCCAUACAGUAUUUCUCCAUUGCUUUGAGAAGAUUGUGUUAAAAACAUUUCCCUACAGAUUUGGGUAGCAUUACUUUCUUCCUUUAAGCUAACUGUAAAGAAACAUUUUUGGCACCCACUGUGCAAAAUAGAAGCAAGCUGAGAUUUUUGGUUUAUUUUUGUGUAAUGAAGCAGUUUUUAUAUCUUUGCCCAGGUGUUUUACAUGCAGUAACAUGUGAGAAGGUGCUCUAACUUUACAAACCAUCAGUAUGCAGAAAGCAGAUCCUCAUCAUUCCUUGAUAUGUAUUUGAUUUGUGUGUGAGUGAGAGUAUGUGUGUGUUAAAAUGAGAUUUUUUUAUAGCCUUGUUCCCGCUAAUAAUAUUUAUUACUCUAGAUUUGUAAAGAUUAGUUUGUUGUUAACUUGUGCAACAAGACGGUAUUGUUUGGAGAUAUUUGUUUCUCUUUGAAAGUUUGUUUCUGUUUUCACCUUCCAUCUCCAAGUGGUGAUAAAUAGUUGUGAUAAACAAACACAAUUUUCUGUUCUAUGGAAAUAAAGACAGAUUUAUAUACCGAAAUGGAAUAAAUUUUAGAGAUUUUUUGCGUAA